AUGAGCGACAGAAAUGACAAAGGGUCUGCGGGUUCGGCCUUGCGCCUCCGGGUCAACCAGUAUAAUCCCCUCAGACGACGUAAAGUCAGCGUGCCCGAGCUAGAACCCAUGACAACCGUCCAAGAAAUCGCAAUGGACUCUCCUACCAUACCUGGACGGCCACCUUUACAUGAGCGUUCUUCGAGUGCCCCAGAAGACGCAAGAGAUGAGAGACAGCGAGUGCCAAUGCGCAGCCAAGAUACAUCCCUACCUGUUGACAUUACCAAAGUUGUUAAUGGAACCCUUCCUCAGCCUGCAUUACAAACUCCCUUGUCUCAGUCGCUCCCGCAUCGGCUGGCGCCUCUACUUAUUCCCAAAGCCGAGCUUCCGGCUCCCCUCUUGCAGUCCAAAGUCUCCAGCAAUAAUCUUAGGUCAGAUAGCACACCUCCGUCGUCUUCUCGAAGUGCUCGUUUGGAUUACUCUCCCCUUGGCCGACCGCGAAUUACGCCGAGCAUUUCUACGCCGGACUUGUCGCAGCCGAAAUCGGCCUCGAGUGAUUGCUCAUCGGCUACUACGCUUCCUACUCCGAUUUCCGCUCCAAUUAUGGAGUCUCACCGUGCCUCUCCGAAGCCUUGGGACGGAUCUAGCAUUUUCUCAAGCCAAAGUGACCGGAGCGUGUCUGGUCAGGAUGGACCGAAAAAAUCUCACAUCCACCAACAUCGUCGCGGAGCUUCAGAAUCCUCGACGACAGGUAUGAUGGACCGCGGUAGACCCAGAAAGCGGACUGAAGUUCGUAAUACCAAUGGGUCAUCGCUCAAAUCCAAUGAUUCGAAGAAAACAUUGAGUUGCGAAAGAAGAGCGUUCGAGGAGCUGCCUAAAGGCUGGAAGCCUUCAGAUGCGGCCCACAAGCUCAGCUUCAAUGAUGUUGUAGCUCUCCAGAAGCAGGCCUUGGACCAGGCUGAAAGAUUUGAAGUUCUCCGGGUUGAAGACGUUGAUGCCCUCUCAAAGGAACUUCGCAGCCUCGAUGAAAGGACCGAUUAUCUACGCCGAACAUACACGUCACUACGUGCCGGACGUCGCAAUCUUCAUUCACGUAUCUGCCAGUACCUGCGCUCUCCUCGGGUUGCCAAGUUCAGCCACGAAUCUAUGCUCAAACAAGAGGAGGCACUGGCCGAAUUGGAUGCCUCAAUUGACGACUGGGUCGCGAAGUUGGAACGGGCAGAGAAUCGCCGCACACGAGUUCGCCAAAAGCUAUUGGAGCAUGUUGCAGCUGCCGCCCUGCUUCCCGUUGCAAAAUCAACCCCGGGCUUGUCAGAAUCAGUCCAGAGCGUGAAAUCUCCUGGUGGUCCACGCGAGCUCUCUACACCACCCCGCAGCCCAUCAAAGACAAGUUUUGCCAGCCGAACAGACAGUGCUUCGCCCUCCCCGCAAAGGGUUGUUGCUCAAGUCCCGAGCACAAUAAUUGAGCAACCUGUCGUUGAAGAUGCAGCCAAGAAUGUCUGCGACAUCAGCCGCGCCGGAAGCACAGUUACAUUGAAGCGGUCUGAUGUUCAGAGUAUUCGCAUAUACGCUGGAGAUGACGUCUACGCACUUCUCGCCGACGUGGAGAACCAAAUCUCCAAGAUGGGCGUGGCAACGCCCGAGUCUACCGCUUCCCUGGAUAUUCAGAGCCAGAGGCAACGAAGCCGCGAGCAGCUGAUCGGCCGUGUUGACUAUCCUAGUCCUCCCCAUCCCGCCGGAGUUGCAUCUGCUACGGCCGCAAUUCUCGCUCCAAACGCCGCCGAUAUUAAUAACAGGGAUGGCAAGAAUGCCACUCCCAGUCCGAUCUCAUCCCAAGCCAAAGAUGGUGCUACGGAAGGGGAGAUCCUCCUUACCGCUGCUGUUUUCAAGCCUGAAUCCGCCGCGAAGCAUUAA